AUGAACUCCGUAACGCCCGUGGAUGGUAAUACUGAGGGGAAUGGGGACAAGAAAAUGGUAGAGGGCAGUGCCAGCUAUGAAGAGGCAGGUCGAUGUGGUGAAGGUACUGAUCAGAAAGGGUCGAAAAUCUCAUCGACGAAAGCAGCUGCAGCCAAAGAAGAGCUCGAUGAUUUUGGGUUGCCGGCUAGGUCUGGAAGAUCAACCCUAGCAGCAAGAUCUGUGUCAGCACAGAAUGUAUCGCCCACUCUCCCGGAUAGAUCAAAGACACCUGCGGGCUCAGAUAUCCCAAAGCCCGUGGCCAGAUCUGUGUCUGGACCCCUCGAGGUGCCGAAAGGAGAGACAGCCGAUUUACCUGUUGACGAACCAGGAUCCAAUAUAAACCAUGAUAAGACUACUGUCAGCUUCUCAGAGACAAAAAAGGAUGACAUCUCCACGAAACCUAGUGCUACUGAGAAUAACAGCGCUUCUAAGCCGCACCAUGAGGCGCAUUCAAAGGAUGUGUCGGAGUGGUCACAUCAAAAGAUAACAACAAAAGAUGACUCCGAAGAAGAAAAAGAAGAAGAUACAUGGCAAGACAUGCCAGCACUGGGAGAGUUUGACGUUUACGAUGAUUAUGGAAGAAUAGUAGCCCGCGGUGCCAAAGAAGAUGACGCUACGGCUUAUCAAGGCCUAGGAGGGGCUGGAAAGGGAUAUACCCGAAUUCAAAUUGACGAAGAUGCUCAAUCUGCAACUAGUAUGGACGAAAAUACGAGCUACUUGUUCAAAGAACCGCAAAGUAAUGCUCUUGGCGUUGAAGACGACGAUUUACGCGAUCCAACAUCACAAUUAGAAGCAACAAAAGACCUCCUUACCGAAGGUCAAAGAAUUGCGUAUGUUGGGGCUACGAGAUUAACGAUAUUUCAAAUGGUUAAGCAAGUGGAAUCAUACGAGUCAUCAUCAAAGACGACGCGCAAAUUUCUCAGCACUGCAGUAGAUUCAAUGACGAAAUGGGGCCAACAAAUAAUGAUCAGACUCUACGGGCAUAUGGAGAUUAACUCCGAUGAACAGGUUAUGAUUGAACAAUUGGCAGAACAUGGGGUUCGGCCAGAGGACCUAGUUUCUCCCCUAAUGCGGAAUUCUCGUGUGAAGAAUCCUCUUGCCCAGGAGCCUGAAUCCGGCCUCAAAGGACCAGUCGACGAGUCUGCUGCGGAUAGUAACAACAAAAUGUCAAAUUUCUCUGAUGAACCGCCACGAUCACCCACGCCUCCACCACUUUAUGAAUGUAAUGACAGUAACGAAAUACCAGAAAUUCAAUCACCCUCCGAACUCCAGCAGUCUAAAGAUCUAGAUAUAGACCUUCGGUGGACUGUUCUUUGUGACCUAUUUCUCGUUCUUAUUGCAGAUGCAACGUACGAUGCAAGAUCUAGAAAGCUGCUUGAAUUGGUUGGAGAAUCAAUGCACAUUUCCUGGACCCAAAUUUGUCGGUUUGAGAAACGCAUUAUUGAUGCAUUAGAAAUGCAACAAGAAGCUAGCAAGGAGACAUGGGAUGAAGCACAACAUUUGGAGUCCCGAAGGAAGGCUGCUUUGAAGCAACGGUAUCUGAUAAUGGGCUUAGCAACGGUUGGAGGUGGUCUGGUAAUUGGCCUCUCGGCUGGGCUUCUUGCGCCCGUCAUUGGUGCUGGCCUUGCUGCCGGCUUCACGACUAUCGGAGUCAGCGGUACAGGUGCCUUCCUUGGUGGGGUUGGUGGAACAGCCCUAAUAACCUCAGGCGCAACUGUUGCAGGGAGUACUAUUGGGAUUAAGGCCUCUGACAGAAGGACAGGCGCUGUCAAAACGUUUGAGUAUCGCCCUUUACACAACAACAAACGACUCAAUCUUAUUGUCACAGUUUCUGGAUGGAUGAAUGGCAAGGUCGAUGACAUUCGAUUGCCAUUUAGUACUGUGGAUCCUAUUAUGGGCGACAUUUACUCUGUUCUGUGGGAGCCUGAAAUGUUACAAAGUACAGGACAAACAAUCAAUAUUCUUGCUACUGAGGCUCUCACACAAGGUCUUCAACAAGUCCUGGGUGCUACGAUUCUCACUGCCCUAAUGGCGUCACUGCAAUUGCCUAUUGUUCUAACGAAGCUGUCGUAUCUCAUUGACAAUCCCUGGAACGUGUCACUUGCUCGUGCGAAUGCCGCUGGGCUAAUACUGGCUGAUUCUCUGAUAAACAAGAAUUUAGGGAAUAGACCUAUCACCCUCCUUGGAUUUUCACUGGGUUCGCGCUUAAUCUUUUCCUGCUUGAAGGAACUUGCCAACAAAGGCGCCUUUGGGCUAGUGCAGAACGUAUACCUAUUUGGCUCUCCUGUCGUCGUAUCAAAGGACGAGUAUACCAGGGCCCGAAGCGUCGUAUCUGGGAGGUUUGUGAAUGGCUAUUCUUCAAAUGAUUGGAUUCUCGGUUACCUUUUCCGGGCAACCAGUGGUGGAAUUAUGCGUGUAGCUGGACUCGCCCCUGUCGAAUGUACUCCAGGGAUCGAGAAUGUUAAUGUUACACAUCUUGUCAGUGGCCAUAUGGCCUACCGUACUGCGAUGCCUCGACUGCUGCGAGAGGUUGGGUGGGAUGUAGAAAGCGACGAGUUUACUGAAAUCGAAGACCCUGAUCCUGACAAGCAUGAAGAACGACAGCGUGAAUUAAUGCGUGAAAUAGACGAAGCUCGCAGACAAGCCGAGUUGAAACCGGACAAGAAGCGGUUUGGUUUCUUUAAGAGUGGGAAACUUGCCCAAAAGAAGCGGUGGGAAACUUAUGAUGUGAAUAAGAGCACAAAGGAGUCGAGCUCGUCUGGAAAGCCGGGCGAUGCAGAUAGCUCCGUUCUCUUUGAUAUUGACGCCAUCAGAGCUGAGCUUGCUGGUGAGCAUAUUGAGAUCAAACAGUUGGAGUCUACACUGCCUCCUAUAAAUCUCGACGUGAACAUUGAUUCGCCUACCGCUACGAACGCGCAGACAGACUCGACUCCCGCAGUGGCAUCAGAGGACACGACAAAUAAAGAUACAGAUAUAAAGCCAGAUCCCGCUCUAAUCUUAUCUCCCAAGUCCAACACCUCGCCAGUGUCGUCAGAAAGCAAAAGCCAGUCAAGAAUUCCCACGCAUACAUGGCCUGCUCAAGAGGAAGAGAUUGAAAUGACCUUUGAUACCUCCUACACUUCUCCAGUCGCCUCCCCUCCUCAGAAAUUAGCAUCUGAUUCCCCAGUAUACUCCUCGAUCUCCUCUCCCAACAGUCACUACGGACUUUCUGAUAUCAAUCCUUCUCACAACGCUUGGGCCGAGCAGCACGAUGACUAUAACGAACCUAACAUAAAGAUGACAUUCCAAUGA